ACAGCAGUAACUGCACGCGAUUAUAUUUUAUUGUUCCCUACAUGCUAUCAUGCGCCUAGUGCAUGCACUAAAAAUUAGCACAUGCUUCAAGUCCAAGCAAUACUGUUUAAGUCACAAGUUUGAAUGACAUUAUGUUGACCCGAAUCAGAAUAUCUUAGAGGCUUUAAAAAGUGUACGUUUCUAUCGGAGCUGCCUAUAUACAGCUGUACUUGUUUUAUAAUUAGGUAUUUUUUUUGUUUGUCACCAUGUUUAAAGUGUUUGUCUUUGCUUAUAACUAGUGGGUGUCAUGAUUUCUUAUAGAUAAUAGUGACUUAUGGUGAUAUUAUUUCGUAAUAACUUUUAUUUUUAUUUAUAUAUAGCUAGAUCACAAUUCUCGGGCUUUAUCCCUUUUUAUUAUUAUUAUUAUAUAUAUUAUAUUUUUUUUUGUGUUUCACUUGUUCAUGCAACACGAUGUUUACAGAGACGUACAUCUGCACAUUUGAUAAUGUAUCGGAGCGAACUAUGCUACUAGCCACGUUAAUGUUUGUAUAUGACGAUGUAACGUUUUUUUCAAAUGCACGAAAUAAAAACACAACGCUGUCGUCGAUGUACGAGCAACCAAGUUGACAUUACGCUCUAAAGCAAAAGCAAGCUUUGUUCUCUGGGGACAGAAGUAUUUGCCCGAUUAUUUCUAUCUUCUCCAGGGGCCCAGGAAAGGAAAGGCCUGAUUUUUGCUUCCGAAAGUUUGAUUCGGAUCGGACAAGCCCGUAGGCCUAAACUUUUAGUAGUAGAUAAUAUGCACCGAUACUCAUAUUGAAUAUGAGAUUCAGAUAGUUGGUUCCCAGUACGAAACAAAGUAAGCUUACACCGUUUGAAUUAUGGCAUAUCAAUUGGCUUAAAUAAACAUGUAAUUUUGUGUUUCGUUGGUAUAUUUAUUCGAGGUGUUUUCAAGAACAUCUGUAAAUACUGUGUAAAGAACAGUUGUUGUUAGUUUAUAAACGCGAGAAAAAGUUACCCAGUUUAGUCUGUAAAUUCACGUCGUGGAACUAAUCUGAGACCAAAAUUGUGUGUCGUUAAUUGAUCGUCUUGUUGCCAAAUAGUUUGAAUGUAUGCGUUUUUAUAUAUGUAAUAUAAACAUACAUCAAAAAGUAGAAGUCAUAGCUUUUUUUAAAUUCAGCUUUUGCACUUAAACCAUCUGAAAUUAAAUUUGCACCUGUUGCGGAAAGGUGAUGACGUAACACAUAGAAACAAAAUGUGAUUUGAAUGAAAUACAUAUCAAGAUUGCCGACCCAUCUGCUGUUGGGUCUACGCCCGCCACUUCUGGUCGCGGGCGGAAGAGUAGAGCAAGUACCAACAAAUAAUCAGAUGCGAUGUCCAAACGAUGAGUCGCGCAGUAAGAAGCGAUUGUGUACCAAUGAUGCAGCAAGUUAGCCAACAUUCUCUGAGUCUUCACACUGUGAGUGUAUAUAACACAGGAACAUUUACGACACUAACAGCUCCUGCAACGAUCCUUGCGCCGUUACCCUAAUCAUCACCGUAAUCGGCCGUGUGCCGCAUGUCACUCAAUGGAAAAUUUAACUUAUUAAUUGCUAAAAAUCAUAAUAUGAUAUAGCUCGAGCAGUUCUAUUCGUAGAAUAGGCCGUAGUCGUCUGCUGUCAAAAGCCACUGUCACUGUUUCUAGCUGUUUGAAGCUAGAAACAGUAAAAACAAACAAGGAAGCAAUAUUUUGAUUUAGUAAAAAUUAGCUAGGAAAGGACCAUAGCGCUUACAUAGGAUGAUUGGGAAAAUAUUCGUUUGACGGCGUAGAGUUCACUUAUCGGAAUGCCGAUUGGAUAUUAAAAGGCAAAUGUUUUUUGUUAUGGUUGAAUGGCAUUAAUGGAGGAGUCACGAAAAGAACAACAACAAAGGCACAACCAUUCACCGCUUCAGAGUUGUGCGUACAGGAUGAAGCGAAAUUUGUGCUUCGGCGAAUCGAUAGUCUUCGAAAAAGCAGUAGCCGGAACAAUGCGGCAGGUGCACCAAGCAUAACUAUAAUUACAGUUGACUGGACGGAAUCAGUGUCACCAAGGAAACUGAAGAGGAAAAUUCGCGUAUGAAGUCACUGUGCCAUUCAAAAUCCUUCGGUCGAAGGUGGUGUUUAGAAAAACUGUCAGUGUUCAUGUAAUUACCCUGACCUCUGCCGCACCACUCAUUUCAUUCUGAAAAAUUUGUUCGGUGAAUGUGAGAAAUAACUUGUCGUCGGCAGUAUGUGCCCAUGGAGUGUUACGUAAAAAUGUAACCAGGUGACAUCUCAAAGAGGGACACAAUAUAGAACUGUUCGAGUUACAGGUUUGAGUUGUGAUAGAACCUCACGAAUGAGAGGAUUCUACAUUGACGGCCUACAAGGCGCUAGUGCACUACAAAUGGCUUCUUGGGCAGCGAUUCACGAUCCAUACGAUUGGCGGCCUUUCAACGAAAACGCCAGCAACGAAGAUAACAUUGAUGAUUUAGUAUUGGUAUCUACUGAGGCAGUCGUGGGAAGCGCUAUUGCUAUUACCGUUACCGGUGCCACAGUAUCGUGAAUUAAACAAAAAAAAAAACUGCAGCACGAGUUACCGCGUACCAGUGCCAUGCUCCUGGUAGCGCCAACAGUCGCUAACUCCGCAUGGCAAAAUGCCACGAAGAUAAUAAUGAUCAUUAUCACCGAAGGCUGUAGUCUCACGAGAAACGAUCGCAACGACUAUUACUGCAAGAUUGUCUGCUGCACCUGCUGCGUGCCUGCAGUGCCUACGGUGUCGGUGGCCGUACCGGUGCAAGGAAAAAGCGAAUAUAUACCAACAGCACAGCGGUAGAGACUGCGAAGACUAAACUCUUCAUUAGCAGCGCUUAUUUGAACAACGUCUUUAUGCUAGGCCCAUAGCGAUCAUGCGUUUGGGCUAAACAGCCAAGGAAAACCGGCUGAGAAGUUACGCAAGAUCUCGAUCGUCUAUCCCUCGGUCUCAAAGCGGCUCAAGGCUGUAUGAUAUAUUUCUACUCAACUGGCCUACUUGGUAGUUUCCCGAGUGAUUAGUCUUCAUUGUACGUGCCGCAUUUUCAUGGUAGGCCGAAUUGUGGUGGACGAUGCAGCCGUUGCUGUCUGUCUGCCUUCUUGACCAUCUAGUAAAAUAGAAGGUAGCCCAUAUAGGUCAAUAGUCCUACUGUGAUUGGUGAUUGAAUGUGAGGCAUUGUCAGUGGGGACUUCUAACGACGAUAAACCAAACGGCAGGCGUUGGCACCUCGGCAGGGUCUGGCGGAACCAGCCCUGGGGGAAGCCAACCAUACUCUGCUCGAAUGGCGCAUAGGGAAAGGGUUCAUUCGGUGGAUGCGCUGCUUGACGAGACUGCCGCCGUGACACAAAAGGGGGGAGCUGGUAACGGACAGCUCCACCAUAGGCAGUCAACACCUUCGACGCAGGUUGGAGGUGGUGGGCAGCUGCCAGCACAGCACUCGCCCCGUACUUCAUCGUCGUCGACGCAUCGACAUAACAACCUACAACAUUACUCAAUGGAGUAUCCGCCAGGCAGCGGAACUGGCGUGGGUGGAUCGCUAGGAUCAGGAGGAGUUUCAGUCGGAUCUGCGGGCCACCCGUUAUUGCUUAAAUCGAAUCGUUCAUCCCGUUCAUCAGACACCUCAUCGGCAUAUUCAGGAUCAGACACAAUGCAUUCGAUUCAGAGUUCUCUCGAUGAUCCAGAGUUCGGAGUGGGCUCAGGUUCAACAGGGAUUCCUCCGGAAAGCACAGCUGAUUCAGAUGAUGAUGAAGAUCUAGACGCACAGCAUAUGGAGUGUUUGACUGUUCGUGACACGUAUCGCGAGUGUUUGGAGAAGGAUCCUAAUGAGCGAGCCGAAGAAGACAUCGAAACAUUAUUAGAGUUCAUGCAGCAUCUUCCAGCUUUCGCCAAUAUGACGCUGAGCGUUCGGCGCGAACUCUGCGCAGUUAUGGUAUUUGCUGUCGUUGAGAAAGCGGGAACAGUGGUGAUGAAUGAUGGGGAAGAGUUAGACUCGUGGAGUGUCAUCGUAAACGGAAUGGUCGAAGUCCAACUGCCCGAUGGUAGCGUGCACGAUCUAUAUCUGGGUGAUAGUUUCGGCAUCACUCCUACGAUGGAAAAGAUGCAUCAUGUGGGCACUAUGCGAACGAAAAUGGACGACUGUCAAUUCGUCUGUAUCGCUCAAUCCGAAUACUACCGAAUUUUGCAUCAAGGUGAGGAGAAUACACGAAAGCUCGAGGAGAACGGAAGAGUCGUUCUUGUUACGGAACAUCGAGUGCUUGAUGGAGGCACUCGUCGAGGACACGUAGUGAUAAGAGGUACACCGGAACGAUUAUUAGCGCAACUGCUCGACGAGAAUGUGUUAGACCCGGGUUAUAUUGAGGAUUUCUUACUUACCUAUCGAACAUUCGUUGACAGUCCGGCCGAAAUCACACGACAAAUGCUUGACUGGUUUCAAGAUGAUAAGCUUCGCGAUCGGGUCACACGCGUCGUACUACUCUGGGUCAAUAAUCAUUUUACCGAUUUUGAGACUGAUCCCGAUAUGAUGGAAUUUCUUGAGGAUUUCGAACAUAUGCUUGAGGAGUGCAAAAAAAAUUCGGAAACGCAAUUGCUCAACAUCGCGUGCGCUGCCAAAGCAAGAACACGUAGCAUAACGUUAGCUCGGCCAAACCGUGAAGAACCGCUUCAGUUCCAGAUGGUUGGUGGUUACGAAACGGGGUUUGAGGUGUUCAUCGCAAAAGUCGAACGAGGUUCAAAGGCUUAUGAAGUUGGGCUGAAACGGGGUGACCAAAUCCUUGAAGUCAACGGCCAGAGUUUUGCAAAUAUUUCGCACAUGAAAGCCCUUGAACUGUUUAAGAAGAGUACUCACUUGCAGAUCUCUGUACGAUCCAAUCUAAUGGGCCUCAAAGAGAUGACGACCAAUCCGAAUCGAGCUCGCAUGCGCCAACAUCGAAAAUCACUUGUCUCUGAUCGGGGUCUGUUAUCCAAUAAUAAUAAUAAUAACAACAACAAUAACAACAACAACAACAACAAUAACAACUCGAUCAGCCACAGUACAAGCACUACCAGUAGUAAUAACCAUAGUAACAGUGGUAGCGCUCAGCACAACAAUAAUAAUAAUCCAAUGAAGUUAAGUGAGAUGUAUGAUUUGAUGUACGAUAAAUGCGUCGACCCCCAGCAUUGUUCAGGGCUUUCAGACAAGUCUGCGGAUGGAUCGUCAUCUAAAAAAAUGUUCAUGACACUGGGAAAACCGACGAAAUUAAAAAAAGCUUUGGCGAAAAUCAUCUCAAAGAAUGCCUCGAUUGAUGCGUCAUCGGCUCACUCUAGUGAUGAUUCUCUUUUUAAUGGGACAGCAUCAUACAGCAGUGGAGGUGGUCACCGAAGCGGUUCAUUAUAUCACAGCCACUCGAACCCGGACCUCUCUUCGAAUGUAAUCUAUUGUGACUCGGCAAGCAGCGACCAAAUUUCUCGGGCGCCAGACUUCCCUGAGCACGUACUCAAGGUUUACCGCGCUGAUCAAACCUCUAAGUUUCUUGUCGUCCACGCUGAGACAACCGCUCGAGAAGUUGUUAUGCUUACUUUAAGGGAAUUCGGUAUCACUGAUUCUAGUUCACUGUAUUCCCUUUGUGAAGUGACUGUGGGCGAAGGAGGGUUAGUGAAACAGAGACGCCUUCCAGAGCAAAUGCAAAAUCUAGCUGAUCGAAUGGAACUUCGCAGUCGAUACUAUCUCAAAAACAAUAAUAGCCAGGAAGCGCUGGUACCUGAUAAUCUAGCUGGCGAACUCCUCCGUGAAAGUCAAGUCUCAUUCCUACAAUUAAAUAGCGGGGAGGUCGCAAUUCAGCUAACGCUGGAGGAUUUCAAGAUCUUUCGACAAAUCGAACCAACUGAAUAUGUGGACGAUCUAUUUGAGGUAACUCUUAGUCGAUACGGAGCACCAAUGUUAUCGAAGUUUGCGGAACUGGUCAAUCGUGAAAUGUUUUGGGUUGUAACUCAAGUCGUUUCCGAGCCAACAGUUAUGCGGCGAAUGCGAACAAUCAAACAAUUUAUAAAGCUGGCGCGACACUUCCGUGAAUACAAAAACUUCAACUCAAUGUUUGCCAUCCUUAGUGGCUUAGGUCAUGGUGCCGUAGCGCGCCUGAAAGGUACCUGGGACAAGCUGCCUACAAAAUAUCAUAAAAUCUUUCAAGACAUGCAGGAAAUUAUGGACCCUUCACGUAACAUGUGUCGUUACCGUACUCUAGUGACGCGAUUACACCCGCCACUUAUCCCAUUCUACCCGGUCGUUCGAAAAGAUCUCACCUUUAUUCACUAUGGCAAUGACACGCUGGUCGAUAAUUUGGUUAACUUCGAAAAACUUCGCAUGGUCUCGAAGGAAGUGCGCUCUUUAAUGAAUAUGUGUUCCCAGCCUUAUGUUUUUCCUUCAAGUAGUUUGCUCUCACAGCAACAACAAUCGCUGGAAUCGUCGGUUUCUGCGUCUGCGGUCGCCUUGGCCCUUGGCGGAAGUUCCGGAACCUCAGGGGGGCCCAGACACAGGCCUUCGCGCAAGAAGUCGUCUGCCGGUCCGAACCCGAAAAAAAUGUUUGAGGAGGCCCAGAUGGUUCGUCGGGUAAAGGCGUACUUUUCCGGGUUGAAGGUUAUCACCGACGAAGAUGAAUUGCACAGACUUAGUCUAAAUUGUGAGCCUCUGCAGGGUCAACCGGGUGUUAGUACCCCCGUAAGCCAAGGAAGCGUAAACUCACGUGAUAGUGGGUCUGGUGGAUCCGCCCCAACACAUCCUCGUAGACGUCAUCCGUCGCCCACACUUAGUACGACGUCAUCAACUUCCUUAGCAAGCUCAGCCUCCGAAGGAAAGAAAACUCUUGGGCCGAAGUUUGGUACCGAUUCGCCUCAGGCGAUGCGAAAACUGCUUGCACUUUCUGAAGGUGUUCCAAAGGUUCGAUCAACUAGUGCACGCAGUACGAGUGUAGCAUCAGCUACUUCAAUGUCCCACAGUCCGUCAGCAAUGCGCAAGGGCAGCGCUGAAAGUAGCCUGCCAUUUCAGAUUCGUGGGGGUAGUGACUCGCUCGCGCAUAAAGGUACCGCCGCCCUUGGACUUGCCAUCGGCAUGGGUAUUGGGAUGGGAGUGCAUUCUGUACAAAGCGCAGGCCAGCCUCAUCACCAUCUUCAUCAUCAUCAUCAUGGAGGAAGCACAAGUAGUAGCGCCGGCGUUGGAAGUGUUCACAAUAACCUUCACCUCUCGCCGGAGAGUUCCAGCGUCACUAGUCUACGCAGGGAUCACGCUUCUGUCUGUUCGAUGAGUUCGAUUGACAGCGGGGUUGGGCCUAGCUCAUGUUCAUCAACGAACUCACAUCUCGAUACGUUGGGCACGGAUUGUAUUCAACAACAACAGCAACAACAACAUGCCGCAACAAUCUCUGCCACUAGUGCAACAGUAUUCAGCCAUCAUCUGGCGGGUGGUAAAGGAAGCAGCGGUCUAUCUGAGAGUAUGGUUCGUCAGCAUUCACCGUUACAUCAUCUCCCACAUCAUCAUGGAGAUGGCUUGAGCGGGUAUCAAACGCUGGGUCACCACCACAAUCCGGCACGUUUCUUUGGGGUGACAGCUGGUGGAGGUUGUAUGAGCGACGGUUUGACUAGUACCAGCGGAGGCUACCGAGUUCCCCCGUUCCCGCACGCGAUCGCCGUUCUACCACCCCUCCCCCCACCGCAUCAUACGAGCUUAGUUUCUGUCAGGCAGCAGCAGCAGCAGCAGCAGCACCAGCAGCAAACUUUGAAAGGCGGCAGUGCCAGCAAUCGCCACCAGCUACAACAGAAGCAUGUGACGUCGGGGGUGAAUACAACAGGCAAUCGUGGUCGUAGCGCGAAGCCAUUCGCGCCUCCGCUACCUCCAUCUGAUCGGAUCGGGCGCCCGUUAGUGCAGAUCAACAACGCCAGCUUACCUCGAUCCCGAAGCCACGAAGGGGUUGCCGUACCUCAAACGAUACCUGGUCAGAGUUCUCACACCGGACAGACAGGCACUGCCUACUACCAGCUAAGCAAUGAAGGCUACAGCGCUACACUAGGCAAAGAGGUCUUAAACAAGGGCACAUGCAUGGUGGAAACGACCGCAGUAUCGGGGACCAGCAAAGACAUGACCAGACAUUGAGACCCGAAGGUCAACAACGCAUUGGCGCAAUCGGGAAGAAGAUACUCAGGUUUCCGCUGUUUGACGAGAUCAACUCACUGCCGGCCAAUGGAUGGUGUCAACAGAAAAACGAAGCUAACUUCGUACUGGAAUGGCUUUUUGCACAAGCAUUCGCAAAUCUCCAUCGGCUGCAGAAAAUACGCGUGGCGCCGCACAUAUCAAUUGCAUAAACUAUAUAUAUAUAUAUAUAUAAUGAUUACUACAGAUGUAAUAGGGAUCGCGAACACAAAAAUCGACCGAUCACUAAUGUAUAAAUACAACCACUGACUAAAUAAUGAACUAACCAAGGAUCAGUAGCCAUUUUGAUUCACUAUCAAUACCCACGCCUGUCGUCGUCAAAUGCCGAAAAAGGUUCUGACGAAUCAUACGCUAAUAACGAUUAAAUAUCGCAAUUAGGAAAACACAGUACGAAUUCGCUCGCACAGACAGGCGGUGACUGAGUGUACUGCGGGACCAAUCGAAAAAAGUAUCGGAUAGAGGUAGAAGCACAGUGGAUUACUACAUAGGAAAAGAUUAUUUAAGCGAAUAUGAGACACAUUUGCCUUGCAACAAACCUCCUCCAAGUCGGUUAUCGUUACUGCUGUUGCAAAUCCUAACGUUCUUUCGUGGACCCUUUCCGUAUCAGCUGACUAAUCCAGACCCAAUUGCUUUGAACAACAAGGACGUCUACAAGAGCAGUACCUCUGCAGUAAUUUUCAGCCAUCUGCUUUAAGUCAAUGAAGUUUACUAUCUGCCGUUUUUCAAUCCAGAGACGUCGUAGUUUUAGCAAGCCACGAGAUCAAAGACACUCCAAAUACUCUCAACUCAUCGAACAACGCGUGACACAGUGACAACUAAAGUACUUUACAAUAGUAACAACACGGAUAGACAAAAGAAAAGCUGCAACGCGGGCGGAUUUCCUUCGUUCAGGGAUGUAGUGUGCAGAACCGCUCAGACGUUCCUGUAUCUUCCAGUUGGUGUCACAAAGAUGAAACUAUUGCUACAACUAACCAGCCAGACGUACAUCAUAUCCCUGCAAAAUGAAUAUAUAAUUUAUAUAUACAUACAUAUAUAUAUAUAUACGACGCACGUGUGUAAAAAAUACAGAGCCCACCUAUUAUAAUAAUGUUAAAUGUUGACAGCAUAUACAAGUAAUGCACACUUCCUCAUUUACGUAUAAUAACAAUAAUGAGGUUGAUUGACGAUGUAAAAAUCAAAGAAGGGAAAGGAGGUAAGCUGUCGCUACUGUCGCCUCCCUAUUCAAUUAUGAAAUGAAGAGCGACGACAAUGGUGAUGAUAAUUAUUACGAUGAUUGUGGUGUUGACAGAACGAAUUGGCAUUAUUUGCAAAAGAAACAGGAUGAUCAAUGAACGGCUUCAGAAGCAUUCAGCGUCCUAGUGAUAAUAAUCUUGAAUACCAUACGCGCACUAGCUGAGACAUUG